AUGGGGAAGAAGAUGCCCCGGUCACACGUGCUGAUUUUCAAGAAUUACAGAACAUGGUUCGAGACCUUGGAAGGAUGUUUCACGAGCGACCUCCAGCAGGUGGCGAUAGGGUUCGACACCGACAACACCCUAUUGACCCACUUGAGGAAGUUGGGGAUGAAAAUUCCGUGCAUGCUGCUGUGGAUGGUGACUUGGAGGAUGAUAACAACAACCAUGGUGGACAUGUGGCUGCUGCUCGUGGGCGUGGUGUUGCUGCUCAUGGAGGGCAGCGAGGAGGACAACUUCGAGGGCGAGGGCAUGGUCCUCGUGGGCACUACUAUGACCCUCAUGAGCGUGUUGCUCGUGGUCAUGGAGAUGAUUUUGAUGAUUAUGAUGGUGUCCCAUACCGUCGUGCUGCUGAAGAUGGGCGUCGUGCAGAACGUCGUGAUCGAGAUGCAUACUUCACACCCUACUGCCACCCUACGAACAGCGGCUUCAUCGGCAUCAUCACCAUCCCCUAGGAAUGUGGACAAGCAUGCUCCUUCUGCUGCUGGAAGUACCACUAACCCCACGGCUGUACCAUCAUCUCAAAGCCGAUAUAUUGAGUGUUGGAAGUGCAAAGGGCAUGGUCACAUUUCUUCUGAAUGUCGAAACAAGAGAGUUCUCUUUGUGAAUGAACAAGGUGAAUGGGAAUCUGAGAGUGAGCAUGAAGAUAAUGGGCAUCGGGCCGACAUGGGAGAUUGCUUUGUUUCUCGUCGUGUGCUUAGUGUUAAUGCAGCUAGAGAAGAUAAAGGGCAGCGACAUAAUAUUUUUCACACCCGUGGCACCAUCAACGACAGGGUUUGCAGAAUUAAUGUUGACAAUGGCAGUUGCAACAACAUUGCAAGUUCAGAUUUGGUAGAGAAGUUGGGACUGAAACAAAGAAGGCACCCAAGUCCAUAUAAGAUGCAAUGGCUCAAUGAUUGUGGUACACUUCGAGUAAGCAACAUUGCCACCGUUCAGUUUUCCAUUGGGAAGUACCGGGAUCAAGUGGAAUGUGACAUGGUGCCAAUGCAAGCAUGCCAAUUGCUGUUGGGAAGACCUUGGUUGUAUGAUCAUGAUGGGUAUGAAGAUGUGUUCCCCGAGGAGAUACCACCAGGGCUGCCACCACAAAGAGUCAUUGAACACCAAAUUGAUUUGGUUCCAGGAGCCCCAUUGCCGAACCGACCACCAUACCGCACAAAUCCGGAGGAAACCAAGGAGAUUCAGCGACAAGUUGAAGGCCUACUAAACAAAGGUUAUGUAAGGGAAAGUCUCUCUCCUUGUGCUGUACCCGUUCUUUUAGUGCCAAAAAAAGAUGGAUCUUCCCGAAUGUGUUGUGAUUGUCAAGGUGUGGAGGUAGAUGAGGAGAAGGUCAAGGACAUCCGUGAGUGGAUGCCUCCACAAAAUGUAAGCCAAGUACGAAGCUUUCUUGGCCUUGCUGGUUUCUACCGUCGGUUUGUGAAGGACUUCAGCACCAUUGCUGCCCCAAUGAAUGAGCUAACCAAGAAAGAUGUUCCCUUCAAGUGGGCAAAUGCACAAGAGAAGGCCUUCGAAGAGCUGAAAGAAAAAUUGACAUCUGCACCAUUGCUUGCACUACCCAGCUUUGGUAAGACUUUUGAAAUUGAAUGUGAUGCAAGUGGUGUUGGUAUUGGAGGCGUACUAAUGCAAGAAGGCAGGCCUAUUGCAUAUUUUAGUGAGAAGCUAAGUGGUCCAACUCUAAAUUAUUCAGUUUAUGACAAAGAAUUAUAUGCACUUGUGAGAUCUUUGGAAACAUGGCAACAUUAUUUGUGGCCUAAAGAAUUUGUGAUACAUUCCGACCAUGAAUCUUUAAAGCACCUUAGGGGUCAACAAAAACUGAACCGUAGAUGUGCAAAAUGGAGUGAAUUCGUAGAAUCUUUUCCCUAUAUUGUCAAGUACAAGAAAGGAAAAGAUAAUGUUGUUGCUGAUGCUUUGUCUAGACGGCAUGAUGGAUUCUUGUUUCGAGCUAACAAAUUGUGCAUCCCAAAUUGCUCUAUUCGUUUGUUGCUUUUGCAGGAGGCUCAUGCUGGUGGUCUCAUGGGACAUUUUGGAGCAAAGAAAACUGAGAGUGUGUUGAUUGACCAUUUCUUUUGGCCAAGGAUGAGGCGUGAUGUUGAGCACUACAUACUACGUUGUGAGAUUUGCCGCAAAGCUAAGUCACGUUUAAACCCUCAUGGACUUUAUACUCCCUUAUCCAUUCCUAGUACACCUUGGGAAGAUAUUUAUAUGGAUUUUGUUCUUGGAUUACCACGCACUAAGAGGGGGAGUGAUUCAGUUUUUGUGGUGGUUGAUAGGUUUAGCAAGAUGGCUCAUUUUAUCCCGUGUCAUAAGAGCGAUGAUGCUUCACACAUUGCUGAUUUGUUUUUCAGGGAAAUCAUGCGGCUACAUGGAGUACCACACACUGUUGUUUCAGAUCGUGACACCAAGUUUUUGAGCUAUUUUUGGAAAACGUUGUGGGCAAAGCUAGGGACAAAGCUUCUCUUUUCCACUACAUGCCACCCACAAACGAAUGGACAAACUGAAGUUGUCAACCGCACGCUAUCCAUGAUGCUGAGAGCAGUUUUAAAGAAAAUUUUGAAGAUGUGGGAAGAAUGUCUCCCCCACGUGGAGUUUGCAUACAACAGGGCAGUACAUUCGACCACUAAAUUUUGUCCUUUUGAAAUUGUUUAUGGUUUCAAACCUGCUGCUCCCAUAGAUCUUUUGCCUUUACCUCUUGUGUGGGUACACCUGUGGAAGGAUCGUUUCCCAGAUCAACGCAAAUGCAAGUUGCAGCCACAUGGAGAUGGUCCAUUCAAAGUUCUUGCGAAGAUCAAUGACAAUGCCUACAAGAUUGACCUUCUGAUGGAUUAUGGUGUUAGUCCAACUUUCAAUGUGUCCGACCUCUCUCCAUACUUUGGACCAUCAGAGUCGAGGACGACUCCUCCUCAAGAGGGAGAGGAUGAUGAGGACACCACAACCAUCGACAAGUCUCCAACAAUUAUAGGUCCAAUCACAAGAAGUCGCGCCAAACAAAUAAGUGACCAAGUGAACGCUAGCUUAAGUUUACCUUGUAACCUUGAUGACACAACUAUGCUUUCAUCUCCAUUGUUGUUGGUUGAACUUAGGUAUAACAUGGAAGCAAUCCAACAACCUAUGAGAUCUUGA